UGUCCCGACCGUCCCCACCCCCUCCACCUGGCGGGGGCGGCGCGGAAGCGAAGAGGACGCGCGCAGUGCCGGUGGGCACGCGUAGACGUGUGUGCGGAUCGGGUAUUUGCCUGGCAUUCGCCCUCUCUUGCAAGUGGCGGUGCCUGGACUCUGCUUUCGGCUCCGGGAAUUGCUGCGGCCGGCCAGAGCACCUCCACGCUGGCGGGGCGCUAAAGGCUAUUUUGGAGAGCGGUGGCGGUGGCGGCUGUGGCUGGUGUGCCCAAGCGAGCUCCAGACGCACACUCCGCUCCUUGUUGGACCCUUUCCUCCUCCUCCUUCCCCCUCCUCCCUUCCCUCUUCCCCACCCCCGUUCCCCUAGCCCCACUCCUCCUCUUCCUCCUCCUCCUCUUCCUCCUCUCCCGGUUCGGCGAUGCGAGUCUGUAUCGUGUAACAGGAUUGGCGUUGCAAUGGCAACUGAUGGAAUGGGGGAAGGCAAGACAGCAGGGCUGGGGGCUUCGGACUGCGGGCGGGCGGGCCGCUGUCGCCGCUUGACGCCCCUCCGGGGACCUUCGCGAGUUACUUUGUAAAGGCGAAUCCAGGCAAGAGAGCCCUGCUCGGUGUCCUGGGUCAGAGGCCACUUCCUGCUCCUCGGCUGUCCAAGCCAGGCUCCUACCGCGCGGCACCCCCGGCCCCCUGCCCGCGCCCGCCGCCAGCCCAGCGCGCCGCCGCCGCCGCCGCUGCGGAGACUGGAGCCCGCUUCCCUGAAGAACACUUCGCCUCGCAGCUCCCCUUCCCAUCACCGCCCCCUGCUCCUCCCCGGCGUCUGCGAUUUUCCCAGGCACCCGGUGUGAGUGCGGCGUGCGUGUGAGUGUGUGUCAGGGUAUUGUGUUGUGGGAGAGAGUGUGAGUGUGUGAGUGUGUGAGUGUGUGUGUGCAUGAGUGUGUGGAGUGCGGGGCUCCUGCGCUCCGCUCGCGGCCGCCGCCGGGGAAGGACAGACGGACGGCGCUUCCUCCUUCGGCGAGCGGUUCCCGGGCACCUCGGCUCGGCCCGGGCGCGAGUGGAGCGCGCCUGGCUGGCCGCCGGCCUCCCGAAGGUCCCGCUGCGUCCCCCCUGGGCUGGAUAUGUUCAUGUUCACGUGAAGAUGGAUUUACUGUACGGUCUCGUGUGGCUGCUGACAGUCCUCCUGGAGGGGAUCUCUGGCCAAGGAGUGUACGCUCCUCCCACAGUUCGUAUUGUGCACUCAGGCUUGGCCUGUAACAUUGAAGAGGAGCGCUACUCCGAAAGGGUCUACACUAUCCGGGAAGGAGAGACCCUCGAGUUGACUUGUCUAGUCACAGGACAUCCACGUCCACAGAUCAGGUGGACCAAAACAGCAGGAAGUGCCUCUGACAGAUUCCAAGACUCAAGUGUCUUCAAUGAGACUUUGAGGAUUACAAAUAUUCAGCGACACCAAGGAGGCCGGUAUUACUGUAAAGCAGAGAAUGGCUUGGGGUCUCCAGCGAUAAAGUCAAUCAGAGUGGAUGUAUACUAUUUGGAUGAUCCAGUAGUAACUGUUCAUCAAAGUAUAGGUGAAGCUAAAGAACAAUUUUACUAUGAGAGAACAGUGUUCCUCCGGUGUGUUGCCAAUUCCAAUCCUCCUGUUCGGUAUAGCUGGAGACGUGGCCAGGAGGUCUUGCUGCAAGGAUCUGAUAAAGGAGUUGAGAUUUAUGAACCAUUCUUUACCCAGGGUGAAACAAAGAUCUUAAAACUAAAGAAUCUUCGACCUCAGGACUAUGCUAAUUAUAGCUGCAUUGCUUCAGUGAGGAAUGUAUGUAAUAUUCCUGAUAAGAUGGUGUCGUUUAGACUGUCCAAUAAAACAGCAUCACCGUCAAUUAAACUCUUGGUGGAUGAUCCUAUAGUUGUAAAUCCUGGAGAGGCCAUAACAUUAGUAUGUGUUACAACAGGAGGAGAGCCUGCACCUUCUCUCACCUGGGUCAGGUCCUUUGGGACUCUGCCUGAAAAGACUGUUUUGAAUGGAGGAACUUUGACCAUACCUGCCAUCACCUCAGAUGAUGCUGGUACUUACAGCUGCAUUGCCAAUAAUAAUGUGGGAAACCCUGCAAAAAAGUCCACCAACAUCGUUGUGAGAGCAUUAAAAAAAGGACGAUUUUGGAUCACACCAGAUCCUUAUCAUAAAGAUGACAACAUCCAGAUUGGCCGUGAAGUGAAAAUAUCUUGCCAAGUAGAAGCUGUUCCUUCUGAGGAGCUAACAUUUAGUUGGUUUAAAAAUGGUCGUCCAUUAAGAAGUUCUGAGCGGAUGGUCAUUACACAGACUGAUCCUGAUGUCUCUCCGGGAACAACAAACUUGGACAUCAUUGAUUUAAAAUUCACGGAUUUUGGGACGUACACAUGUGUAGCAUCUCUGAAGGGAGGAGGAAUAUCUGAUAUCAGUAUCGAUGUUAAUAUAUCCAGCAGCACAGUUCCACCCAAUCUGACUGUUCCACAGGAAAAAUCACCACUGGUCACCAGAGAAGGAGACACAAUAGAACUGCAAUGUCAAGUAACUGGCAAACCUAAACCAAUCAUCCUUUGGUCUAGAGCGGAUAAAGAAGUUGCAAUGCCUGAUGGAUCAAUGCAAAUGGAGAGUUAUGAUGGAACACUGAGGAUUGUGAAUGUAUCUAGGGAAAUGUCAGGAAUGUACAGAUGUCAGACCAGCCAAUACAAUGGAUUUAACGUGAAACCAAGGGAAGCCUUGGUGCAGCUCAUCGUUCAGUAUCCCCCUGCAGUGGAACCAGCAUUCUUGGAAAUCCGGCAAGGACAGGAUCGAAGUGUCACUAUGAGCUGCAGAGUACUGAGAGCCUAUCCAAUACGGGUGCUGACCUACGAGUGGCGCUUGGGCAAUAAGUUAUUACAGACGGGUCAGUUUGACUCUCAGGAAUACACAGAGUACCCUGUGAAGAGUCUUUCCAAUGAAAACUAUGGGGUUUAUAACUGUAGCAUCAUAAAUGAAGCUGGAGCCGGGAGAUGCAGCUUUCUUGUUACAGGAAAGGCCUAUGCUCCAGAAUUCUAUUAUGAUACCUACAAUCCAGUAUGGCAGAACAGACACCGUGUUUAUUCUUACAGUCUGCAGUGGACACAGAUGAAUCCUGAUGCAGUGGAUCGGAUUGUUGCAUACCGGUUGGGUAUCAGGCAGGCUGGACAGCAGCGUUGGUGGGAGCAGGAGAUUAAAAUAAAUGGGAAUAUUCAAAAGGGAGAAUUAAUUACAUAUAACUUGACAGAGCUAAUUAAACCAGAAGCUUAUGAAGUCCGACUGACUCCUCUCACCAAAUUUGGUGAAGGAGAUUCAACAAUUCGUGUGAUCAAAUAUAGUGCUCCUGUAAAUCCUCAUUUGAGAGAAUUUCAUUGUGGAUUUGAAGAUGGUAAUAUUUGUUUGUUCACUCAAGAUGAUACAGAUAAUUUUGACUGGACAAAACAAAGUACAGCAACAAGAAAUACAAAAUAUACUCCUAAUACAGGACCUAAUGCUGACCGUAGCGGUUCCAAAGAAGGUUUUUAUAUGUACAUUGAGACAUCACGACCCAGAUUGGAAGGCGAAAAGGCUCGACUUCUCAGCCCUGUUUUCAGCAUAGCUCCCAAAAACCCUUAUGGACCCACAAACACUGCAUAUUGUUUCAGCUUCUUUUAUCACAUGUAUGGACAACAUAUAGGUGUUUUAAAUGUUUAUCUACGUUUGAAAGGGCAAACAACAAUAGAGAAUCCACUGUGGUCUUCAAGUGGGAAUAAAGGACAAAGAUGGAAUGAGGCUCAUGUUAAUAUAUACCCAAUUACUUCAUUUCAGCUCAUUUUUGAAGGUAUCCGAGGUCCUGGAAUAGAAGGUGACAUUGCUAUUGAUGAUGUAUCAAUUGCAGAAGGAGAAUGUGCAAAACAAGACCUAGCAACUAAGAAUUCCGUUGAUGGUGCUGUUGGGAUUUUGGUUCAUAUAUGGCUUUUUCCCGUUAUCGUCCUCAUCUCUAUCUUAAGUCCUCGAAGGUGACCUUAUCCUGGCAGAGGCUAUAAAAGAUUCACCAGGCACUGGCACGAAGAAAGAGUCUUUGUAAAUGGACAUUGAACAAACAAACUACCAAAGAUUCCUCCACUGACUACUGACUCAAAAAUAAAAUAAUAAAAACAAAUUUUUUUUAAGCACUGGGGAUAAAAAGACAUCAUGGAAGUAUAACUUAUUCCAAACUAAACAUAAAAGAUAAUCUUGACCUGAGUAGAGAAGAGACCUUCAGGUGCUUUUGUGGCUAAAAAGAUUACAGCGUCAUCUGGUUGAACUCUGGAAAAAAAAAAAAAAAAGAAAAAAAGAAAAAAAAAGAGCUAUAGAAAUCCUUGUCAAAGCACAAAGUCAUGGCUGGUUUUGUUUCAAAUGAAUAGUUUGCUUGUUACCAUGGAAACCUAAUGGCCUGCCAACAAAAACCUCACUGUAAACAGGGUACGUGAAGAGCUGGCAUUUAUUUUCCUUUCAAGAAGGUUUUCAUAGAGAAUUAAAUAAAUGUAGGCCCUUUUACCUUUGGCUGUUACCCUUCCUUGAAAAUAACCCGAACUCAGAAUUAUUUAAAGCAUUCAUGUUUCUCCCCACCUUAUCCCCAUCCCAUCUUUAUUAUUAUUAUUUUUCUCCCAUGGCUAAGCUAGAUAACUGUAUGCUGUCUCUUUUUGCAUGCACUACUAUCCAGGAUGGUAAACCUGGGCUUACAUAUUACACAGGCUUAUCGGAGUUUGCUUGCGGCCACUUGAACACCCAAACUACGUCAUCUGUUCCAAUGAAGAAACCAAACCACCAUCUUUUAUAAAUUGCCAUGGAAACCAAGUGCCUUCAAUGAAACAAGCCUGAAUAAUUUUCAACUCAGAAGCUUGCACUGCUAAGAGUGGUUUGUGUAAAACUAUUUUAUAAACAAACUACAGAGCCUAAAUGUGCAAAUUACAGGCAAGACAACAAAGCCGCUUCUGAAGAAGAAAGGACCGAAGCUGCUGCGUAAGCCCAUGCAGACAAGAUAUUUGUUGUUUAACCUCCUAGACAGUCAUGGCCUUUCGGCUUAUUGUCCAUUAGAAAAUUACUUCCUCUGAGACCAGACAUGGAGCAACACUUUUUUUCUUCCAGGUUAUUAAAUGGGUCAACCAGAGCAAAAGGUUAUUAAGAGUACUUAGUGCAGAAGGUGGUAAAACACAAAAGUGAUUUUUUUACUCUAACCUCCAUUUGAAAUGAAAUUGGCCCUAGUUUUAGAGGGAACAAGAAAAUGUUUGGGAUUGCAGUGCAUACUAACUCUACAGUGGAACUGGGCCUGAGAAAUCUGGCUUUAUUCUAAACCCUGAGGGUAAUAUGCCUCUGCCCUUUAGUCAGACUCUGUGCAAAUUGUGAAAUAUUAUUUUAUUAUUUUACCAAGAUUAAAAAACACUUUUACAAAAAAACAAAAACCUGUAAAAAUGAUUUUGAGCUACCUGAGGACAAAUCAUAUCUUUAACCAGCCAGUUUUCCAAUGCAUUGUAAAUUUCACUUAAACCUGUUGGUUAUGAAAAUUUGAAGAUCCUUUUCCUUAAAUUAUCUCAGCUUUUAACUUCAUUUAAAAAGACUUUUGUCUAAGAAGAAUAUUAUUAUUAUAUGUUCUUUCAACACCCCAGCAUUAAAAAAAACUGAUUAUGCAAGUAAUUGGAAUAUAAGUAUUAAAUUAUAACAUUUACGAAUAUUAAUAUAAAAGCACAACAAAAUGUAGUGGAAAAUGACAAAGGUUGAUUUUUUAAAACAAUUCUGUAGAAAUGUUUGUGCAAAUUCAGUAAUUCAACUUAAAAUAUAAUUUUACAGCUAUGUUCAAUAAAGCCUCUUUCCAGGUAAGGUAUGACAAGCAGUAUGUGUGUUUGUUGAGCAAUGUUCACUUAUCACUAAAAUGAAAUUAGUUAUACAAUUUAUUGGUUACCAUGGGAUAAAUCUUCAGUGCUCCACAUACCUUAAUGUCUGCAGAAAGAAAUUUUAAUAGGAACUCCCUGAUGUACUCUCCUAUAUUUGUAAUACAUGCAGAAAGCAGUUAAACCUUUGAAGGUAAAAUAUGAAACAUAUAUGAACCUGGAAUUUAAUGUCUAUUUUCAGUCAGUUCAAAAGGGGACCAGUUUGAAUAUUUAGGUAGUGAUGGAAUUGAUCUGAACCAAGUCCUUUAAAUUAAACAUAAUAAACAAAUGAGUUUCAUAACUUGUUUGAAUGAAUUAGGCAUCUUAAAAUUUUUUCAGAGUUUCACAGUAACCCAUAUACUUUAUCAGACCAAAGAGAUUCAAAUACACGGUAUCUGGGGCAUUUCUUUUACUUUUUACAAAAUUUCUCUUCACCUUGACUUCCAUUUUGUGGCAACUAGCCCCUUUUCUCCACUAUCUCUUAUCAGUAGAUCACCCUUUUUAAUUGAUUUUCUGCACUCUCAUUCAUGAUAAUAGCAAUGAAAAUGUUUUAGAUCUAAAAGGAGACUCUUAACUCAUUGCCUCUCCCUCCCUUGAUCUUUAAGUUGAUUUCAGUGAGGGUUUUGCAAAAAAAUAAAAAAUAAAAAAGACUAUAUUCAGAAUAUUUGACUAUACGUGUGUCCUUUUCAGGUAAACAACCAAAUGUCCUAUUAUCCUAACUAAUCCUGCACAAAGAAGUUACUGUAAGAAAAAGUUUCAAUCCUACUACUAAGCAUUUAUAAAAUACUAAAAUCUUUCCUACCCUCUCAAACAGUAAGAAUACACAAUGCUUCAGAAGUUAAUGAGAACUGGCUGGUACCACAAAUUAAUUUUGAUUAAAUUUUUAAAAGAUUGCAGAUGAAUGUGAAGAACAAAGGGGCAAUCAGAAGAAGUGCAAAGCAAUCAGACUUAUUGAGAUGGUAAUAAAAUGUAUAUCUCAAGUGGGUUCUGGAUCAUUCACGUAAACCAACAAACAAUUUGAAUCAACGUUUUUCACUACAGAUUAUAUGUUCAGUUGCUUUAAUUGAAAGUAAAUGGAUAAAAUGCAGAAAUUUUAAAAGAUUGGGAUAAGUGAAAUGUAAAUUUUGUUAAGUAACCUCUUCUUUAAUAUUAGUAAAAAUAAUGAAACAUUUAAAACACUCAUUUAGCAACUGCCUUCCUUUUCCUAAUAUUUUUUGUAUUUAUUAUGAACUGGACUCACCAACAUAUUUUUCCUUUUCCGUUUUGAUAACAUAUUUAAAGUGUAAUUGAUGCCAAUAUUUUUUGUUCUUUUAUAGAGAGGCACCAGGCAAUGGAGCUUCUAAUGUUGUGGAAGAAAGAAUAUACCAUGUAAUCUCUUAUUGCCAGUAAUUGAUCCCAAUUAAUUUGGAGUAUUAUUCUAUUUAAUGGGUUCAGGAAUGCUUGUCUCUCUACAUGUUAACAUCUCUGCAAUUGGGCCUAUUUUAAUUGCAAUUGGCAGCAUUUCUUUGUAGUGAUCUGUAAAAUGCUUCAUAGAUAAAAUGAAAUUGACUAAAGUCACUAACAUUGCCAGAAGUGCCAAACAAUGCCUAAUAUUACUACUUUUCAACAAACCCUAAACUGAGAAGAAAACACCCAACCAUAUUUGUAAGAUUUACAUCAAAUGCUUAUUGACUAUGCAGUAUUUAAAAAUAAUGUAAUUUUUAUUUUGUCCAUUUUAAAAAUCUGAGUCCUCUCUUAAGUACAUUAUAUACAUACCUAGGUACACUCUUUUUUUUUCUUUUUUCUGCUACGUGUUUUUUAAUUCCACCACAAAUCACAAUAUGCUAUAUAUCCCUGUUUAAAAUGUUUCCUCCUUCCGUGUUAUUCACAGUACUUUGUCACAAGUUUGGCCUGCCAUUAACUUUUCUUUAAGAGAUUUGAAAGAUGCAUGGUACACCACAAUGUCAUGCAAUAGGCUAAACUAAAGGUAUUUCAUUUCACACGUAUCACAGAAUUGACUUCGGCAUGGCAAUGAAUUAUGAUAAUUAUGAUAUUGAGAAUUACAACCCAGCUAGUCAGUGACAUCAUGUAAUAGAGUAAAAGCAAUUCAAUUCUUUUGUAUUUUAAAAUAUGAUGAAAUACAAAUUACAACUGUAUUAACUUUUCACCAAACAUGCAUUUUUAUUUUAAAAACUUUAUAAUAAACAUAUAUGUCAAUAAAAUGUGUAACUUGAAGAACAAUUAAUUCAUUUAGUUAUGUAAUUAAGACUGUAUGAACCUGGCUCUGGUGUUUUACAUGAUCGAUUUUUCUUUGCUCUGAUUAGUGAUUUGAAAGAUGGUGAUGGAAUAAUCUGAUUUUUAUAGACUGAUUUCCAAGUAUUCUUGUGAGUGCGUAUUAUUUACCACAAAACUUUUUUUUUUAAUGUGCCUUUCAAAGAUCAGGGCCGAUCAACCGACAUUUAAACUGGAAAAUCUUUACCCCAAAUUAAUUUGCUUCUUGGUUGAUGACUACUUUUUACUAAUUGUUUCAUCUGUGUCUCACCAAAGCAGAAGGUACACUCUUCUUGCAACUGGGUAGUUGAUGUCAAUGAGGAGUUAUUGCAUUUUCUGUGAAAACAAUAAAAUCAUAGGGUUCAAUCCCAAGCUAUUUCCUUUCCUACAAUGUUCCCUUUGUGGCUAAUCAGUUUAUUAGUUUUCUUAGUGCUUAUUUUUAAAAAGCAAUGUCUGGCAUUUUCUACUUCUAUAUAGGAGAAAAGCUACCACAGAAUGAUCGGAACUUUUUUCAAAUCUAAUAUAAAAUGUUCUUUGCCGAAUAUCCACAAUAUUUAUCAGUAAACAUGUAUGUUGUUAUUACAUAGAAAAAGAAAGACUAAAGACUUGAAAUCUGUAUGUGAACUAUGUCAGUUCUGAAUCAAUCCAUAUGUUCAUGUCUGCUUAGAAAAAGAAGCGAGGCUUAGAAAGGGAGAAAUAUUCCAUAUAUUUGUAUAUGAAUGACUUUGUUAACAUAUUAAUUUAAAGCUUAAUAAAUUAUGAGUGGUGAUAUCACUACCCUGAACCUACAUUGAAUAUAUUGAAAUUAGGGAACUGGAAUUCAAAAUGUUGAGUAGGGCAGAGGUUAAACUCUGGGUAGAAACUGAAAUAGUUUUCUCAAGGAAAUAUUUACAACUGAUUGAAUUUAAUUUCAAUUGUACUAAUUUUCCAUGAGUUGAGCUAAAGUGUAUUCUUAUUUUUCAAUAAAACAAUGGGAAAUUCUAUAAAAUAGGGAUUAGCUUGUUAGUUUCAGUUCGUUUUUGUAUGGCUCUUAAUUGUUGUCCUGGGUUUCCAGGAUAUCAUUUUUAU